AUGGAUUUUAAAAGACCCGUCAGAUUUCCAACGGAUUUGAAGUUCAUACUGAAAUGGAAUGAGGUUUUCUCUCAUCCAAAUGAUGAGUACAGUUACGGACAAAGGGCCUUCAUUGUUAACAACUGUUCUUACUACAACUGUUUUAUAACUAAUACUCAACAUUUUCUACUGGAUAUAAGACAUUUCGAUGCUAUAAUUUUUGACGUCGACAGUGAAUGGGAUAAACAUCCACAUUUUAGAUCACCGCACCAAACUUAUAUAUUUACAGCUCUAGACCAUGUGAAUAAUGGUGAAAUUUGUUUAACAUAUAACUAUGAUAACUACUUUAACCUGACUUGGACAUACAGGUUAGAUUCAGACAUUAUUAAAACACCUUUUCAAAUCCUUAACAAAUAUGGUUCCAUUAUAGGUCCUAAGAGUAACAUGGCUUGGAUUGAUCCCAUGAAACCUACAUCUGAAGAUGUAAAAAAAAUAAUAAAAAAUAAAAAAAAGGCAGUCGCCUGGUUUUUGACUGAUUGCCAUACAAAAAAUUCUAAAACAAUUGGAACGGUAGCUAGUUAUGUAGAGAAACUAUUAAAGAAACGGAAUCUUACUUUGGAUAUCUACGGCUGGUGUGGUAAUUUGAAGUGUCCUAAACAAAGAAUAGAAGAAUGUCUUGUCCUGCUAAAAAAAGAUUACUAUUUUUACUUUGCUUUUGAGAUGGCAUUGAAAGAAGAUUAUGUGACGGAAGAGAUUUUGCAGCCAUUGCAGAAUUAUGCUGUGCCCAUCGUGUACGGUGGCGCAAAUUAUUCCAGAUUUUUACCACCUGGGUCCUAUAUCGACGCUGUUAAAUUGUCUGGUGAUGAAGUUGUGUCAUUAAUAGAACAAGCAAUUAGAUCACCAGAAAUUUACCAAAAUUACUUCAGCUUUUGA